UUGAAGGGCUAUGCGAUAUGGAGUUUAUUUUGAAUUAAAUUUAAAACUUAAAAUAAAAUAAAUCUUAUAAACUUAUCGUGUCCGUUAUUACUUCACAAAGUUUCUAAUAUGGAAAAUGAACAACCAAACUCGACCCUUUCCAAUUCAGUACCUUACAUAAAACCCCCUCAAAAUUGGGUAGAAAUUACGGAUCUGUUUCAUGAAAGCGUUAAAGACCUAGACUUGGGUGAAUUGUUGCACGAUGAUUUGUUCGGACUAUUUGAAGCCAUGUCGGCUAUAGAAAUGAUGGAUCCCAAAAUGGAUGCUGGAAUGUUGUGUAACCGAGGUGCUAGAAAAGUUACAUCUUUCGAACAAGCUGUAAAGGACGGAUAUUUGCUUUUGGUUGAUCUUCCUCCUUCAACUCUUUUGGGUGUAAUUGAUGGAACUUUAGCACGUCUAGCGUCUUGGUUAGAAGGCCAUUCAUUAGCACAGACUGUAUUUACUUGUUUAUAUUUGCAUCGACCUUAUGCCUCACAGGAUCACGUUUUAAAAGUUUUCUGUCUUGCAGUGUAUAAACUGUUAGAUGUUAUAAAAGAUCUUUUACAUAAGGCUUUGGUGUAUGAAGAAGAAGAUUUUCAGCCUAUGCAGUAUGGUUUUCAUUUAAAUCCAGAUAUUUCAGAACAGAGAAUGAUCGGAAUGUUAAGGGAAGUUGAGGAGGAAUUGCAUCGUAAAAGCAGAAAUAAACAGUCUGAACCUGAAACCCAGGCAAUUUUUGCUAGGAUCAAAUUUAUUAGGAUAUUCUUGCAAGUUUUGAACACUCUUAGGAAAGAAGAUCAGCAACAGCAACAAACAUCUUUAAGUGAUUGUCAGAGGUUGUUACAAAAUGGUUUAGAAAUGUUACAAAUUAUAAAAGAUACAGUUUCUCUAGGAGAUGGGUCAGAUGGUAAUGAAGAAAUGGCCUGUUUCGAGCCGUCAAUAAACCAAAGACUUCUUCCUCCGACGUUUCCCAGAUACACUAAAAUCAAAAAACGGGAAGAGGCUAUAGUGCAUUUUAUCGAAAUGAUGGAACGAUUUAAAGUUGUUUGUAAAGCGCAGGGUAUCACUUCUUUUCAUCAAGCUCUGGAACUUUUUUCGGAAUUUAGUCAGUCCGGUCCAUGUCUCGUCGCGCGCAGUGCCUUGCAAUUGGCUGGACGUAGUUCUGGAGCAUCUAGAGAAGCUUUAAGAGAAGCAGUAAAGUCGUUUGCUGGCCCACCAGCUUUAAGUGCCAGAGCUGUGCCAGCCGCUCGCCAAGCGGCCGAUACAUUCCUAGCGAGAGCUGCAAGACCAGCCGCUUUAUUGUUGCAACUAAGUGGCCACAACCGAGCUAGACAGCGGGACAAAUUAGCCGUUCUCCUGAAUGAAUUAGCUCCACUACAAGAGGAGGCAGAAAGAGCAGAUAGUGCCUGCGCUAUCGCUCUGGGUGUUCCACUCAGACCCUACAUGGCUACUUGGGCUCUCUACCAUACUUUAAGAGCUCAAGCUCUAUAUUUACUGGCAGGUUUCGAACUAGAACUAUAUGCUGAGCAUGAAUACUAUUACAUUUAUUGGUACUUAUAUGAGUGUAUCUAUAGUUGGUUAAUUUCAACACUGUCACGUGCUGAUACUUUACUACAGGAAACUGCCGGUAAUGUGGCAAACGGGGGUAAAGGUAGACGUUCCAAGUCAGCUAAAGCGGCGAGAAGACCGCGACCACAUGCCAAAGACGCGCUGAAAUUGCAAGCACUGCAACAGUUGUGUGGAGGAUACUUCAAAGCUUUACUGGGCUUGUUAAGGGAAGGUCUUUUACAGGCUCCACUACCCGGAUUUGACAGGGAAAGGGUGCGUUUUGAACAUCGUUUUGGUGCGUUUUCUCGCCUUAUUACACCGCCCCUAGCAGCCUACAGACAGUUUAGGUCAGCAGCUCAAGCUGAAGCUUCACAGGAACCAGAGCAAUUGUUUCUAGCCGCUGGCCGCCAUUUUGCGCAGGCCGGCCAACUGCUGGCCGCGGGAGGCGGCGACGCACCACUGGCGCGAGCUGCCAAAACCAACUUUGUUCUGCUGCGACUCCUAGCGGCGGGCCAUAGACCUAAGGGCAAACCUUCGUUUUGUUUCAAAGAGAGCAAACAUUUUCCGGUCAUCAAGCUGACCGACAGCCAAAUCGCUCAAGAAUGAAAGGUCAGGAUGAGUUUUAUUUAAAGAUACUUUAUACAAGUUGUUUCAAAAGACAUGUUCCAUCUAUCAUUUGGGGAUUCCUUGCAUAAAAAUAAGAUUUUUUCUCAUAUCAACAUAGGUCCUAUUCUAUUUUGUUUCGUAGCUCGCAAGGGGUUAGAGUCUUCAUGUUUUUCCAUAUAUUAUAAUUUUCUUCUUGUAGGUGCUUUUAGUAAUUUAAAUUAAAUUUUGAGGAUAAAAGUUACUACAAGUGCUACAAAUUUUAAUUGUAAAAAAGUAUCGACAGAUUCACCAGGGACGUGCAUAUAAGUUGCCACUAGAAUAUUUUCUAAAUAAAAAAGUUGUACACCACUGAAAAUCAGUUUGUUUUCUAAUUAGUACAGUUGUAUAGUCCGUUUAAAGGUUGAUUCUCACUCUACCUUCCGUAUCAAAUCCCUUCCGUUUACAUAAAAUAUUAUAUCAUGUAAAUGAAUAGGACAAUGCACACUAUCCGUUCCAUUUCCCUUCCGUUCCAUAUCCUUUCCUUCCAUACAUUUUUUUGGCGGACGGACUGAAGCGUAUUGGAAACAGCGUUCUCAAGCUCUUACAUUUGUACCAACUUUGUUAACAUUUUGCUGAUAUUUAUUUAUUCUUUCAUCUCUUAAUUAAAUCUAUUACUUUUUUCAAAAGACACAAAUUUUUAAAAUAAAAUUUUCGUAACGAUAUAAAUUGUACAACGUAUAGCGUCAAUACGAUAAAAAAAUACGGAACGGAUAUGGAAUGGAAAUGGAAGGUAUAGCGAGAAUCAACCUUAAUGCCCAUUAAAAGUUGUCUUCUGAUAUUUGGUCUAUUUAGAUCUUCUCGGUUAAUAAAACGCAAUUUUAUUAAUCUGCCUAAUCCAAGUCUAAUAACAAUCUUUAAAAAACUUUAGUGCCAUUAACUAGCCACAGUCUGUGUCACAGUGUUAACUAAGUACUAAUUGAUUCCUCAUUAAAAAAAAUAUAAAAAAGUUUUUAUAAACACGGGUGCGGAAAUGAGCAGUUUGAUGCCGAUUAAAAGUUGUCUCUUGAUAUUUUGUCGAUUUUGGCCUCCUUGAUGAGAUAAACGGAAUUUUCUUAAUUUGCCUUGAUCUAAUAGUCUAAUAGCAACCUUUAA